AUGGCCACAAUCACUCAACAGCAGCACACCUUAUCAGACUCUUACGAACUUGCCGAAGCACCCAAGCAACCCCGCAGCGAACAGAUUCUAGGAUCCAAUGACCCGGCAGACACUGACCAGAGCGACAAACUUGACAAUACUACACUUCUGAAGCUAAUAGCGUCAGGAUUCGCCUUCUUCAUCUCUGGGGUCAAUGACGGCAGUGUCGGUCCACUCCUUCCCUACAUGAUCCGCGACUAUAACAUCACCACUGCAGUCGUGUCUAUUAUCUAUGGAGCAAACUUCCUCGGCUGGUUUCUCGCAGCCCUUACCAACACGCAUCUCCGUCAAAAAUUCGACCUCGGCGGUCUGCUCGCUUUCGGCGCCUUCUUCCAAGUCUUAGCCCAUGCUCUCCGGGCAUGGCGACCUCCAUUCCCAUUCUUUGCCGUCACGUUUUGGCUCGUAUGCCUUGGGCAAGCAUACCAAGAUGCAGGUGCAAAUGCCUAUGUAGCCAGCGCCAAGGCUGCACAUCGAUGGCUGGCCUUUAUCCACGCAUUGUACAUGGCAGGAUGUCUGGUGGCUCCAUUUGUCGCGACUCCAAUUGCGUCGGCUGGGGAGACCUCUCGAUGGUAUCUCUUCUACAUUUUCCCGCUCGCCGUCGGUGUUCUCAACUUUGCCCUGACCUGCUACGCCUUCCGAGACACUAUCAAAUUUGCACGUAAAAAGAACGGGGCGACUGAGCCAGAAGCAGGGACUGACGACGAAGAGAAGAAAAGCGCAUCCCAACUAAUGAAGACUGCUCUACGAUCCAAAUCUCUUUGGAUGGUCAGCAUCUUCUUCUUCUUCCUACUUGGGGCAACCAUCACAGCAAGUGGAUGGAUUGUCGAAUACCUCGUUGAGAUUCGUGGCGGUAAUCUCGGUGCUAUGGGUUAUGUCCCUGCAGGCUUCAACGGAGGAGCUAUGCUUGGCCGCCUUCUUUUGGCCGAACCUACCUAUCGCCUAGGUGAAAGGAGAAUGAUCCUCCUUUAUGUCGUGCUCUGCAUCGCUUUUCAGUUGGUCUUCUGGCUGUAA